CUCCAAUUGGAUAAGGCCACACCGGCCCGGUGGCCAAUCGCUGCCUCUUGUGGCGAGGUAUAAGUAAGGCUCUCGAGGUGCCCAGCGGCUCAUUCAGACUUUCUGUGACAUACUGAAGCUACCAAUAUGAGCGGAAGAGGCAAAACCGGAGGCAAGGCCAGGGCCAAGGCAAAGACACGUUCAUCCCGUGCCGGACUCCAGUUCCCCGUGGGCCGUGUGCACAGGCUGCUGCGCAAAGGCAACUACGCCGAGCGUGUGGGCGCUGGCGCACCAGUGUACCUGGCCGCCGUGCUCGAGUACCUGACUGCUGAGAUCCUGGAGUUGGCCGGCAACGCUGCCCGUGACAACAAGAAGACUCGUAUCAUCCCCCGUCACCUGCAGCUGGCCGUCCGUAACGACGAGGAGCUGAACAAACUGCUUGGCGGCGUGACCAUCGCUCAGGGUGGUGUGCUGCCCAACAUCCAGGCAGUGCUGCUCCCCAAGAAGACUGAGAAGGCCGUCAAAGCCAAGUAAAAUCGCUACUGCGGCUGCCACUUGACUACUCAACCCCCAAAGGCUCUUUUAAGAGCCAACCA